AGGAGGAAGAGAGAGUGAGAGAGAGAGAGAGAGAAAGGGGAAUCACUGGCUGCUCAGCUGAUGCGGAGCUGUUGAUCUGAAUGCUGGAGCUAUAGCCUGGCCUUAAGCAGGGCUGCUCGCCGCUCGUUACUGAGUCUACGCUGACACACUCUCACACACACACACACACACUGACACAUACACCCCACCCCCACACAAACACACGCACGCACACACACACAAACUCCCUCCUCACACACACACACACAUACACACACACACACACACACACACACAGAGACAGCGGCGGAGAAAGACAGAGACAGACACUGGGAGACACCGUGGACCAGCAGCCAUGGCAGAUAUGGAGGCUCUGAGUGAGGCUCUGAAGGCCAUCAGUGUGAGCACAGAGGUCAUUGAUGAGGAGCUGAAGCCCCACCUGGACACACUGCUGAGCACCCUUCUGGAGAAGAAGGAGGGCGCUGCCCAGAAGAUCGCCUCCAGCGGCAUCCUACCCACGCUGGCCAACUCCAUCAGGAAGAAGGGCCCGCUCAUCUCCCAGGUCACCCUGGUCGUGGCCGAGAUGGCCAGGGAAGCUGGGGUGAGAGACAGCUGUAUUGAGGCGGGCCUGGUGUCUGCCCUUUUGCCACAUCUGAACAGCAAAGACGAGGAGCUUCUGCUGCACACGGGCAGGGCUAUCGGACGGAUCUGUUUCGAAAAUGCUACCCAGCAGGAUAAGCUGGUUGAGGGGGGAGUCAUUCCCAGACUGGUCACUAUCAUGAAGAUUUACCCAGAGAACGAUCCGCUGGUCAAUGUGUGCCUACUGGCUUUGUGCAACUUGGCUGAUAUGGACACUGCCCGAGAGGCUCUGGCGGAGGUGGGUGUUGCGGAGGUGCUGACUGCCCAGCUGAAGCGUGCCCCCGACGCCGAGAGACGCCACCUCAUACUGGAAAUACUGGGAUCGCUGGGAGAAAGCGAUGCGCUGAAGUUGCAGUUUGUGGAGGCUGGUGUGCCAGAGGUCCUGUCAGAGAUGAUCGGAGGUCUACAGGGAGGCUCUGACCCCCACGACCUCUGCAGCAUCAAAAUAGCUUCCAACCUCAUUGUGUCUCUCCUGCUGGGGGAUGAGUCUAUGCAGAAGUGCUUCGGCGAGGGCACGGGGAGCGUCUACAAGGACGUGCUCUCCUGGCUACAGUCUUCCAACACACAGCUGCAGCUGGCCGGAGCCCUGGCCAUCGCCAACUUUGCCAGGAACGACAGUAACUGCGUGAAGAUGCUGGAGCUGGGCGUGGUCCCUCACAUCCUGGACCUCAUGGAGAAGCAUGUGGACGAGGGGGACGUGUCUGUCCAGCACGCGGGCCUCAGCGCCCUCCGGAACCUGGCCAUCCCUGCCUCUAAUAAGGUGCGGAUGCUGGAGGACGGCGUGACGGAGAGGAUCCAGACCCUGCUGCGCUCGGACAUGCCCCCUGUCCAGUUCAAGCUGCUGGGCACCCUGCGCAUGAUGGUGGACGGCCAGGCGAAAGCCGCCACUGUGCUGGGGAAGGAUGAGGGCUUGCUGAAGCGGGUGAUGGAGUGGUGCGAGGCCAAGGAUCACGCAGGGGUCCGUGGAGAGGCCAACCGCCUGCUGGCCGCUCUCAUCUGGCACAGCCGAGACCAUGAGGUUAUCCACGCUGUUAUCAAUGCCCAGGGGAUGCAACACCUUAUCACCAUGGCAACCAGCGAACAUGUCAUCAUGCAGAACGAAGCUCUGGUUGCUUUGGCGAUUGCUUCGGCAAUAGAUAUUGACGCUGUGCAGGAGCCCUUUGCCGAGGCGGAGCUGCUGCCCACUCUGCAGAAGAUGCUGGAGGACCCGGUGGGGGCCGUGGAGGUCAAGUUCAGCACCAUGGGCCUCAUCUGCAGCCUGGCCAACUCCAGUAUGUUACGGGAGCAGAUGGAGAAGCUGAACCUGAAGGACAGCCUUACUCAGCUCUCCAGCCACACCAACACCAGGCUGGCCGCGCAGGCGGACACCGUGCUGGCCGUUCUGGCCGAGACCAGCUAAAGCGAGACCGGAGCCGCCGCCUCGUCGGACCACCAUAGACUAUUAGCACCACCGAGUGUGCCGCCGCCGCCACAGCCCCUGCCACUACCAACAGACUAACCGAAAAAAACCUGAGCUUCACACUCCAGUCCGACCGAAACCAAAACUCAAACGCGUGAUCUUCCAUCCCGGGCAGCAUCGAGACCAGA